CGUUCUUCGCCGCAGGCCAGAAGAAACGCAGGCUCUGAGUACGAGAUUGGGUAAUGGCACAGGCUUACCAUUUUGUGUCAGUGUGUUGGUUGGGCUAGUUUUGAAGAAUAUACAAGAGGAAUCUGUGAAUUUGAAGCAAGGUGUAGACCAUUUUCGAAUUCCAAAUUAAAAGGAACGGCCAAACCAACACACUGACACACAAUGGUAAGCCUGUGGUGUUGGUCAGAGAAAAAUAAAAGCAACUGAAACAUUGGACAAAGGUCACAAAAGUUCCUUCAAACUAGAAAUCAUGUUUAAAUAUGUUUUCAUCAGAUCGCAUGACAACAGCCAUAGUGAACUCGUAAAUUCUGCACGUAUUGGGCACAGCAAAUUAAUUACGUUACUUCCGGUACAUGCGUUGGUUCACUAACAAAAGAAUUUCUACGGUCGAGCUGAGAUUGCAAUAUGGCUCACUGCACGUACACUUGACUCAAAUACCCUGCGACGCAGACGUAACGUAACAGUGUUUAAACGAACUCAACACGACACGUAAAUUAAAAUGCAAAAAGUUUUUUUGAUCUCGUGUCUUAACUUUCUCCUUCUUGGUAUCCAAUCAACACAGACAGCUAAGAUAGUUGGAUACCCAAUGUUUGGAGGAAGCCAGUACAUCGGAAUGAAGAGAAUAGCUGAAGAGUUAGUCAGCAGGGGACAUGAAGUCACUAUCCUGGUCAGCCAAGUCCAGAAAAUCAAACCAGCAAAGGGCAUCACUCACGUGGUCUACCAGGUACCGUACCCUCAAGGCUUCCUGGAAAAUCUGAUGGUAGCGAGACUCAUCAAGGAAGGUCCUGUUAAGGAGAUGUUCUCAGGGUCGAACACCUCCAUGCCAAUGGUGCAGCGUAUCUUCUGUGAGGCCUUGCUUAACGAUACAAAACUACUUGAACCUUUGAAGAAUUUUGAUGUCAUCAUUACCGAUACAUCGAUGUUCUGUGGGCCACUAGUUGCCGAGUAUCUUGGUCUCAAGAGGAUUGAAUACUGUCCCAUGUCGCCCAGGAUUCUCUCCGUAUUCACUCCUUAUGAAUCGAUAUUUACUCUCUCGUAUAUCCCACUACACAUGAGCCAUAAUCCUGGCAAAAUGAAUUUCCUUCAGCGAAUAAAGAACACUAUCAUGUAUAUUGCAGGGCGUCUUCUUUUUGAUGCCUUUUUGACAAGACACUUCGAUCAUCUGAAACAGAAAUACAACAUCAGACCAGAGAGGAGCUUCCGGGAUUCCUUGAUGGACACAGAACUGACACUUUUCCUGGCAGAUUUUGCAGUGGAAUAUUCCUACCCUAUCCUACCAGGCUUCAAACUGAUUGGUCCAUUGAAUAUCCAGCCCGUCAAACCCCUCCCUCCUGAUCUUCAGCAGUUGAUUGACAGUUCUGGUGAUGACGGUUUCAUUAUCGUGUCUUUUGGAUCGAACGUGGCUUCAGUGUUGGACAAGGAUAAAGUAGACAUAAUGGCUGAAGCUUUUGGACGAUUAAAACAGAAAGUUGUCUGGAGACUACAAGGUAGGAAUGUAUUAACCAGGGUGCAUUGCGGCUGUGCAAGGUAUUACCCAGGGUACACUGCCAUCCUACCAGUUAUUACCAAGGUGCAUUGCGAUAGUACCAGUUAUUACCCAGGAUACAAUGCGAUAGUACCAGUUAUUACCCAGGGUGCACUGCAAUUGAAAACUUCGGCGCUAGCCAUUACGUGGUAUAAAUCUUAUUGGAUUGUGUUACGAUCACUCAAAAGUUCGAACAUUGUUCUCGGAUUUCGUUACGAAUGUACUUACUUUUAAACAAAUUAUUUACUU